GCUAUGCUUGCGAUCUAUCCAGGCAACGGCACGAGAUACAUAAAACAUGUUGACAACCCAGUGAAAGAUGGGCGAUGUAUCACCACAAUUUAUUACUGUAAUCAGGACUGGGAUAUCAAUAAGGCAAUUUCAAUUGCAUUAACCUCAUGUCACAUUUUGAUGGAGGAACACUGCGUUUAUAUCCAGAAACUUCUAUGA